CCUUAACCACUGUUUUCUAAUCGGACAAGGAGACCUAGGCCCAGAAUAUUUGCAGGGUUUCCAUCUGACAUCAUAAUUCCCAGCACUCACCACACUCAGGCACACAAUGCAACACUCCUGACCACCUUACAGAAACAUGAUAGCUCACCCAGCACCAAUUGCAAAAAGAGCUGUCUGUGCAAGGAGGUUUAGUCACGACCUUGGCUUCUGGUACUUGAAUAGGUUACACCUGCGGCAAUGGUAAGUGAUGAGAUACAAUGCCUUCAAUCCCAUACUUAUGACCGAAAAGUCUGACUUGGUUUUUAUCCUUAGGCGCUCGAGCAGGACCUCAAAAGCAACCCGCCAUGCCAUCCCCGUGCGGUUCGUCUGAUAAGUCCAAAGCCUAGUUGUAUUCAUGCUGACGUGUUUGCUUGAUUUCCCCAGUGUGCUAUUCAAGGUGAGUUCCGACUUCUGAUAACAGCGGUAACUCCAUGCGCCAGAAGCACGUGUAUUUACACCAGCCGUCAGACUGCUUGACCAGGAACGGGUAUAACGAGGACAAGUGUUCCAAGCUCGUCGAUGCCCUAUACGAGUGUUGCCAGGCAUUCUAUGAGAGGAACGGUAACGAUGCAGUGACGGCCAGCUGCCCCAAGGCGGAGCUGUUGCGGUUGAAAAUGGAGCAGAGGAGAAAGGGCAUUCGUUGAAGGUGAAGGGCAUGUAUCACACAUCCAGAUAUGUCCACCUGCAUGACCCCGAAAGGCGUCAGGCAACUUCAAAGGAGGGUGCUGGAUUUCCUCUAGGCGAUCAUUGAGCGCGCGUGAGGCCCCGUGGACCUGAACAAGCACUGAUGGUCUUGUUCCGAGACUCUAAUAUGAAUGCCUU